AUGGAGAGGGACAGCAGCCGGGUGAGUGUGACUGUGGGCCUCGGGCCAGACCCUCCCGGCACUGAGGAAGCCGGACCGGCCUGGGAGACAGCUGUUGGUGCUCAGAGGGAAUUUGGAGAAAGGGUAGAGAAGGCUCUUAGCGUCUCAGAUUCAGAAGAAAAACUGCAUGUUGUGGUAGACAGAGAACUGACUGCAUUCCAGGCAUGCGGCCCUCCCCACGACUUCUGCUUCAUGCUCUCGCUGAUGCUGGGGAAAAGGGAGGCUUUGAGGCUCUGGCUUCUUAUCCUGGAGCCCAAUCUGACUCAAGGGCUGACCAGGAUCCCUGAGGAUGACAUUGUGUAUGCACUGGGGAUGUUGGUGGCCAAUGCGAGGAGGUGGUGGAGAAUGUCUUGGGAUCCCAGGACUCUCCUCUUGGGCAGGUUCGAGGGACUGAUCACUCUCCAUCUGCCUCCGACCAGCUCUGACAGCUCUGACCAAGACAAGGGCUGGACGCUUCCGACUCGGGGCCUGCAGGGCCUCACGCCCUUUCCCGGAUAUUACCCUUUCUGGCUGCUCCUGAAUGCUUCCCCUGCAAGGACAUCUCCGGCAAGGACAUCUUCAGCCAGGGCAUCUCUAGCCCGGGCGUCUCCAACUCGGGCGUCUCCGACUCAGGCAUCUCCAACUCGGGCAUCUACAGCUCGGGCAUCUCCAACUCGGGCAUCUACGGCUCGGUCAUCACCUUCCAGGUCAUCGUCCGGCAGGUCAUCAUCUGCCAGGUCGGCCACCACGACAUCCUCCCCAACCAGAGUGUACCUUGUUAGAGCAACACCAGUGGGGGCUGUGCCCAUCCGUGCAUCUCCUGCCAGGUCAGCACCAGCCACCAGGGCCGCCGGGGAGAGCCCAGGUCUCAGCUUACCCAAGUUCUCCUGGCAGGAAGGCCAGAAGCGGCUGCCACUCAUCGGGUGCGUGCUCCUCCUCAUCGCCCUCGUGGUGUCGCUCAUUAUCCUCUUCUACUUCUGGCGGGGCCACACAGGGAUCAAAUACAAGGAGCAGAGAGAGAGCUGUCCCAAGCACGCUGUUCGCUGUGAUGGGGUGGUGGACUGUAAGCUGAAGAGUGACGAGCUGGGCUGUGUGAGAUUUGACUGGGACAAGUCUCUGCUUAAAGUCUACUCUGGGUCCUCCCAUCAGUGGCUUCCCAUCUGCAGCGACAGCUGGAACGAUUCCUACUCAGAGAAGACCUGCCAGCAGUUGGGCUUCGAGAGUGCUUACCGGACAACCGAAGUGGCACACAGGGAUUUUGCCAGCAGCUUCUCAAUCUCUGAAUACAACUCCUCCAUCCAGGAAAGCCUCUACAGGUCCGAAUGUCCUUCCCAGCGGUAUAUCUCUCUCCAGUGUUCCCACUGUGGACUGCGGGCCAUGACGGGGCGGAUUGUGGGAGGCGCGCUGGCCCCAGAGAGCAAGUGGCCUUGGCAAGUGAGUCUGCACUACGGCACCACCCAUAUCUGUGGAGGCACGCUCAUUGACGCCCAGUGGGUGCUCACGGCCGCCCACUGCUUUUUUGUGACCCGGGAGAAGAUCCUGGAGGGCUGGAAGGUGUAUGCGGGCACCAACAACCUGCACCAGCUGCCCGAGCCAACCUCCAUCUCUGAGAUUAUCAUCAACAGCAACUACACGGAUGAGCAGGAUGACUAUGACAUUGCUCUCAUGCGGCUCUCCAAGCCCCUGACCCUGUCUGCUCACAUCCACCCUGCCUGUCUCCCCAUGCAUGGACAGACCUUUAACCUCAGCGAAACCUGCUGGAUCACAGGCUUUGGCAAGACCAAGGAAACAGAUGACAAGACAUCCCCCUUCCUCCGGGAGGUACAGGUCAGCCUAAUCGACUUCAAGAAGUGCAAUGACUACUUGGUCUAUGACAGUUACCUUACCCCAAGGAUGAUGUGUGCUGGGGACCUUCGUGGGGGCAGAGACUCCUGCCAGGGCGACAGUGGAGGGCCUCUUGUCUGUGAGCAGAACAACCGCUGGUACCUAACAGGUGUCACCAGUUGGGGCACAGGCUGUGGCCAGAGAAACAAACCCGGUGUGUACACCAAAGUGACAGAAGUCCUCCCCUGGAUUUACAGUAAGAUGGAGAGUGAAGUGCGCUUCCGGAAAUCCUAA